UAUUGGCAACAUUUCAGGCGACUCCAAUGGACACCUAAGCAGGACUUGCCCGUGUGUGUGUGAGUGUGUAUGUGCGUGUGCGCGCGCGUGUGUGUGCGGCAACUAACACACACUACAUUCGCUCACAACAUGGCGAUGAAGCCAAGAGGGACGCGACGUCUCUCCCCCUACUAGCUGAUACCAUUCUGUUGUGUGUAAAAGACGGGGGACCAAUCAAAAGGAAUGUUCAUGAAAUAAUAGCCAACUGAAAACAUACAGGACUUUACACGGGAUUCUGAUAUAGGCUAUGUAUGUAGCUAGCGAUAUAGCCAGCUAUAAAUACCCACACAGUGCUGACCCCUCUGCUGGAAAUCAAAGGCUUUACAUGGCGGUGGAGAAUAUCUGUUUUUUCUGUCUACUUUCUCUGGGGUUCUGUGUUUUGUCCGUUCAAGAAAAGCCAGCGUCGGUGGAGUUGAGCUGCAGGGCGGGGCCUGUCAGCGUGGUGCUGGAGCCCGGACACCCCCUCCUGCUGGACUGCCACCUGGGGGCCGGCGAGAGCCCGCUCAACGUCACCUGGCUGCGGGACGGGGAGCCGGUGCAGGACGGCGAGGCGGCGCGCGCCCUCCCCAACGGCUCCCUGGCGGUGCUGGUCCAGGAAGGGAGGCUGCCGCUCGGGGUGGAGGGGGGCUACAGCUGCGUUUCGGCCGGCCCGUCCGGGGCGCUCGUCAGCCGCACCCUCGCCGUGCACCUCACCAGCCUGUCCCGUUUCCUCCAUCACCCGGAGGCCCAGGCGGUGCCCGCGGGGGGCGCGGCGCGCUUCGAGUGCCGCGUGGAUGGCCUGCCCGCUCCGAGCAUCACCUGGGAGAAGGACCAGGUGCCCCUGCCCGCCCACUCCAGGUUCAUCUCGCUCCCCAACGGCGCGCUGCAGAUCCUCGGGGCGCGGGGCGAAGACGCGGGGGCCUACCGCUGCGUGGCCUCCAACUCCGCCCGCAAGCGCUUCAGCCAGGACGCCGCGCUCGCCGUCACGGCAGGCCCGAGCCCCGCCCUGGAGGAGGUGGUGAUCGUGGUGCCCCCCCAGAACACCACGGUGGUGUCCGGACGUCCCGCGGUCUUGGAGUGCAUGGCGCAAGGGCUGCCUAAACCCCUGGUGUCUUGGAGCAGACAAGACGGGAGGCCUAUCGCCACGGAUGUGGUCGUCCUGGCGACGAACCUGCUGAUCCCGGACACGCAGCGUCACCACGCCGGCGUCUACGUCUGCCGCGCCAACAAGCCCAGGACCAGGGAGUUUGUCAUAGCCACUGCCGAACUGCGCGUGCUGGCCCCCCCGGUGAUCCUGCAGCCCCCGGAGACGGUCUCGCUGUCGCGGGGGAACACGGCGCGCUUCGUGUGCAACAGCUCCGGCGAGCCGCCGCCGGCCCUGCGCUGGCUGAGGAACGGCGAGCCGGUGCUCUCCAACGGGCGGGUGAAGACGCCGAGCCCCGGCGUGCUGCUCAUCAACCAGCUGGGCCUGGGCGACGCCGGCCACUACCAGUGCCUGGCCGCCAACGGCCUGGGCACGGCGUGCGCCAGCGCCCGGCUGUCCGUCAUCGUCCGCGAGGGCCUGCCCAGCGCGCCGCGCCGCCUCGCCGCCCGCCCCGACUCCAGCACCAGCGCCCUGCUGGCCUGGGAGCGGCCCGAGCUCAACAGCGACCGGAUCAUCGGCUUCUCCGUCCACUACCAGCGCGCCGCGGGGUCCAACAACAUGGAGUACCAGUUCGCGGUGAACAACGACACCACCGAGUUCCACGUGAAGGAGCUGCAGCCGCACACGGCCUACACCUUCUACGUGGUGGCGUACUCGCCCAUGGGCGCCAGCCGCCCCUCCCUGCCCGUCACCGUGGAGAUGCUGGAGGACGUCCCCAGCGCGUCUCCGCAGCUGUCCGUCUUCAGCACCUCCUCCACCGACAUGCGCCUGAUGUGGCCCCCCCUGUCCUCCCAGCACAGCCGUGGAGAUGUCACCCGCUACCGCAUCGACUACUGCGCCCUGGAGCAGGAGGACAACGUGACGUCCGUGGAGGUGGGGGGGGACGAGACCCAGUUCACCCUGCGGGGUCUGCAGCCCAACCAGCUGUACCGCCUGCGCAUCGCCGCCGGGACGCGGGCCGGCUUCGGGACGCCCUCCGAGUGGACCCUGCACCGCACCCCCGCCCACAUCAACCACACCAUGGUGCUCUUCGCUCCCACCGAGCUGAAGGUGCGGGCCAAAAUGCACUCCCUCCACGUCACGUGGCAGGCGCCGCCCAACAACACGCAGGUCUCCGGGUACAAGCUGCACUGCCGGGAGGCGGAGCUCGAGGAGCCGGCCAACGAGGAGCGCCCCGAGGGCGAGCGGGAGAAAAGGCAGGGGGCCGAGCCAAUCAAACUCAGGAAGAAGAGCAAGCACCAUGAGGUCGCCGGCCUGGUCCCAGACCGUCUGUACGAGGUGAGAGUGUGGGCCUACAACAAGCAGACGGACGGAUACGCAGCGGUGUGGAAGGGCCGAACGGAGAAAGCUCCCAUCACAGGAGUGAGCUUACCAGGUGGCCCCGACGCCGCCUCUAGCACUGCUCCAGAUGCAGCUUGCAACAGCUCCACGUCCAUCUGGCUGCGCUGGGAGAAGCCGCGCUCCAGCAACGUCCGCAUCAUCAAGUACACGGUGCGCUGCAGCCCCGCCGGCCUGCGCAACGCCUCGCUGGUGUCCUACUACACCAGCUCUGCCCUGGAGAUCCUGCUGGGGGCUCUGAAACCCUUCACGCGGUACGAGCUGGCGGUGCAGUCCAACGGGCUGGAGGUGGACGGGCCCUUCAGCAACACGGUGGAGCAGUCCACCUUCUCCGACCGCCCCUCCACUCCCCCUGACGACCUUCAGGUCAGCGCCCUGGACUCCAGCACCGUGCUGAUCAGCUGGCGCCCCCCUGUGGAGUCCAACGGGAUCAUCGUGGAGUACAGGAUCCUGUACAGCGGCAACGGCAGCCUGCCGGACCACCAGUGGAGCUCUCUGUCGUGCCACGGAAGCAUCACCAGUACUGAGGUGCAGGGCUUGCAAAGCAGCACUUACUACUUCUUCAAGAUCGGGGCCUAUACCUACGUGGGGGCGGGGCCAUUUUCGGCUGUGAAGGACGUUCACACGCCACCGGAGAGAUACGAUGAGAAGCUGAACGUUCACUCGAUGACGGGCAUCAUCGUGGGGGUGUGCCUGGGGCUGCUCUGCAUCCUCCUGUGCAUGUGCAUCAGCUUCCGCAGCGGCAAGGCCAGGGAUGUUUCCGGGGGGCUGGUCCCCUCCGCCCUGCCCCCCCAGUACCGGCGAGGGCGCCCCGCCCCCGUGGCGGCCCCGGAGUGCAGGGACUGCCACGAGCUGGAGACCCUGAUGUCGCCCGGGGCCCAGGACCCCGCCCCGCCCCUGGCCGAGAUCACCGAGGAGCACAGCCUCAUCGGGCCCGGCGGCCCCGGCGACGACGGCGGCCUGGCGCUGGAGGCCAAGCCUGCUUGGAACGGGUCUGUCAGCCGAAAUUGGGCCAACCGCAUCACCAGGUACCGGGACACCAUCACGGAGGAUUCCCCUGCCCUCAGCAACGGGGCCCUGACUCCUGGGGCCCGGCUGCCCACUGAGGGGCCCCUGGACGCCCCAGCCACUGAACCCAGCACGGCCGAGCCCGAGGAGAGGCUGUACCCCUCCCUGUGCAGUAACCAGGUGGAGGCCGACGUGAUCGUCCACUCGGAGCUCUCCGAUCCGGAGGGGGAGGGGGACACCGAGAGCGACGGCGACCAGGAGGGCCCCUUCGGGAGCGGGGCCCCGCCCAAACGCCCCGCCCCCGCCGCCGCCGCCGCCAGCCCGGGGGAGGACCCUAAGGAAGCGCAGCCGGCGGCGCCGGCCCCGUCCAGCCCCGCCCCGGAAGCGCCGACCAAUCGCAGCGGGCCGCAGCAGGAGAGCGGGGCGGGGCCGGCGGGCGCGGACAGCAGGUGGACGCAGCAGCCCGCCUCCCUGGCGGGGGCGGGGCUGGCCAACGGCUUCCACGCCCACCAGCCGCUGGAGAACGGCGACUCCUUCCAGCCCGGGAGCGGGCGCCCGCGCUGCGGGAAGGGGCUCCCCCUGGAGCUCCCGCCGGCGGCGUCAUCCCCCUUCGCCGGCUCCGCCCUGGUCCACCCCGCCUCGGCCGCGCACAGCUACCUGUGCCCCUGACCGCCGCCGGGGGGAGGGAACGACCGCCGGACUCCUGGGGGGAGGAGGAGAAGAAGAAGCGGUGGAGAGAGAGAGAGAGAGACGCGGUCCUUCCUUCAGACCACGAGAGCUCAGGCCGCGUCCCUGAGAGAAUCGCUGAGAGGUUUCGCUCUCGAGCCGGCUCUCCUCUUCUGGCCCCAGCGUUUCAUUUUCACUUCUUUUACAAAAAAAACUUUUUUACAAGGCCACUGUCGAAUAGGAACACUUUUUAUUUUUUAUUUUUAUUUUAUUUGUACCGGUACGGAUGAACGUGCGCGUCCGCGCGCGCUCGCGACUCCGAGCUGUGAUCUGCACUAGUCCGUUCGUUUUUGUUUCUUCUUUUUUUUCGUUUGACUGAAAUCGAGGGGUGUGUGUACGAAGCGUGUGGCUUCUGGAGCGUCGCUGCUUCGUGCUCGCACGGACUUGUGAAGCACUGCUGCGGCCGACCGGAUCUGAAGGGGGGGGGGGGGGAAGAUCGGCUUCUUGCGGCUGGGUGGACGAACACGCGUGAGGGCGGAAGCAGGAGGACCGCGGCGCUUGCCUGUCUCCCCGUCUCAGUCUUUCCCGCUCUCUCUCUCUCUCUCCCCGCAACCCUCGUUCCCGUGACGACGGGACUGUCUCCUGCUGACUGCGGGCGCCGCCCUGGUGCCGAUACAGCAGCCCUGUAACUUACACACUCUGAGAGUGCUGACUGCCUGUGUCUCUCCUCUAGCCUCCUGCAGCGUCUGGGUGCACACGCACACACACACACACAUUUACACACUCGCACAUACGCGCACACUCUCACACACUCACACAUACACAUACACACAUGCAUUCACACACUCGCACAUACGCGCACACUCUCUCUCACACACUCACACAUACACACACACACACUCGCACAUAUGCACAGACUCUCUCACACACAACACAGGCACUCACACACACUCUCACACACACACACCAGCACACACAUAUGCACACACACACACACACAUGCAUUCACACACACACACACUCACAGACACACACGUAGCACUGGAGCUUGGAGGUCUCAGGUGCCUAAUAUUUUAGGUGCAUUUUUUUAAACUGUAUAUUUAUAUAGAAGUAUAUGUACUGAUAGGAAGGGUUGUUUUAAUCUGAAGAAAAGAAAAAGAAGAAAAAAGACGUGAAGACAACCUUUCGCCUGUAUGUUUUCUACUUUUUUUCCUGGAGAAGGCUCGAGAUUGAUUCGGACAUGGUUACUUGUGCUUAAGACAAUACAGCGUUUCACAGCAACAUUCUCAACAACACAGCAGCAUUUCCCCCAGCCAACAGACCUACCUCAUUUCUGUACAGGAUACAUUUUUCUGUCCGGUUUUAACAGUGUUGUUCAUAGGUCCUUUUUUUAAGAAAAAAAAAAAAAAAGCAGAAAACGGCAAAAAUGUGUUUUAACUUUCUGGUUCACAGCCUUUAAUAACAGCAGGACUGUCUACCCAUUUUUCUGCCCAACCGGAAGUACACUACACUGUCACUAAGUACAACUUCGUCUGUCUUAGAGUGGACUGCGACUCCGCCAUUCCACUGAACGACAUUACGACACUUGUAAUACCGGAGCCUGAGUAGUAGAGAAGAGAAAAUGGCUUAUCCACAGGAAAGCUAGAAGCUAGUAAACCGUGGGGCGUGCAUUCGUUGGGUAUCUCUGGUUCGUUGCACCUGACAAGAAACAAAGGUACCUUGAUGCAUGGCCAUUAAAAUGGAAAACUCCCUCUUUGUGCUUUUCACAUUCCCUGGGCUAGCUCUCGGGGGGGGUAUAGUAGAAGCCAUUGCCCUCAGUGAUGUCAUCGUCCUCCUUGUCUCAGGUGACAGAAUCCUGCUCAGGGGAAUUCUGGGAAUGUGGUCGGGGGCAGAGAUCUCCUAGGAAACCUGGGAUCCUCUUCCAUUUUUUUUUGAAGCCUUUUCUCUGUUCUACUGUAUCGGCUGUGUGCGGUAGGCAUCCACGGAUAUGUUUUUCUCACUCUAACCAGCGCGAAAUCUGUUCGAGAUCAGUGUGUUUCGCUGUAGAACUCUCGUGUAAAUAGGUACAGUCAUUUUUUCUGACGACGCAAAUCUCUUUUGUAACACUGCUGAGAAGCUCCGGAUUUCACCUUCCGUUUAACCAUUGUUUUUAAUCGGUUUUUGAAACAGAAAUAGCAGUCUUUUUUACCGAGCAAUAUUCGUGUUGUAAAUGUACUAACCUUGUGAAUAUUAACGAAAGCGUCAUUUUUUUUAAAUAUUGAAAAAAAAACCUUGCAAACGGGUUUUGCGAAAGCGAAGCAGGCAGAGAGAGAUGGCCUCUACCCAGGUGUGCGUUCUUGGGGAGGUUAGGCGACGCGUUCGCUUUUGUUUUCAGGUUCUGUCCUCGUCCUCUUUCACGGGGCCACAGAUGUUGGACAGUCCCAAGGACGGAUGGAGUUAGUGGCCUUGGUGUGCUGAGUCGAUACCAUUUCAGUUCAGCCUAUUCAGGAAAUACACUGAAAUUUCCUUCGUUCACUGAAAUGCCCUCGUUGGAAAUAAUAGGAAGAUUUUUUUAUUCAUUUCCUGAAAUGACUGAACUGAAAUGUAAUCGAUCACAACCCUACUGGCUCAAGCGCUCUUUACGCAGAGGUCAGAGGUCAGAGGUCACACUUAGGGGAUGCCGCAUGACCGGCACGGAUGCAGCCGGAACCAUGAGUCACUGUGCACAGAGAAUGGACGCAAAAGCAUUCCAGUUUUGUUUUUUUUUUGUUUUUUUUUUUCCAACAGACCUCAGGAUUCUUAUUGCAGCUGACAUAACAGCUGAGAACACUGCAUUUUUUUUUUUUUUUUUUUCGUUUUUUUUGGUUUUCAGACACGGGUUGCAAUUCUAAAAAUGUGGCCGGAUUACCUUCAUGUUGGUGGACAUUGACUAGGGGGGCAGGAAUGCUGGUGAUUGCAUCAAGGUCUCUGCAGUUUCCUUUGGCACAGAACUUGGCUCUUGCAUAUGACUCAAGAAUUGGACUUCCAGUUGCUAUGUAGUACCAUCAAAUUUCAGAGUAGGAGGUACUGUAGGAGGUACUGUAGGAGUUGCAACAUUAUGCAAGCAAAAGAAUUAAAUGUUGGAACUUCGAGAAACAUGUACAGCAGUGGGUUGUGGGUAGAUCAUGUCUGGAACCUCCGUAUCUGUGUUUCAGCUUGCGAGUGUUUUUCCUCUAUAAACCGGAAAAAGGUCCUCUUUUCAGCAAAAGUAUUCAGUUGGUCUAAUCACAACGCAUUUUGCCAGGUACUUGUUGACUCUGGUGGAAUUAGAAAUGAAGAAGCAAAAAAUGAAUGUAGUUCCAGUUGUUCAGAACCUUAAGCAGCUCUGGAUCAGUUGCAUUUUGAAUGAAGUUUAUCCCGUGGGUUAAAUGACCGUGUUGUCAACACCACCGUGAGACCUGAAUGAUAGCAUGCGCAAGUAGUCACAUCCGUUUACGAAUGGAUGAAACUGUUAAAGGGUUGCAUGCAAAUCGAUGAUGUCACAAAGCACACAGAGAGGUGUUCAGUCUCCCCUUACCCGCUGGAGCCUGCUAGCGUUUGCAGUAUUAAAGUCAUUACGGACAGUGUUUUCUGAGGGCUGUGAGUCUUGCCUGUGGGUCGUCUGAUGCAAUUAAUUUGUGAGGUGGAGGGGGGGGAAGGGGGGUCUGAUUUGGAAGUUGGGAUGAGAAACUUCCCUCUGGCGCGAGGAACGCAUUCUGGCUUCGUGAAAUCGAUUCCUGUCUUAUUUGUCGUCACUUAAAACAUGAAAACACGUCGAGCACACGUGGAUCCGCAUCUUUGGCCUGAGUCAGGCGCCUGCAGCACAGCAGUGCUUCAACCAAGAUAUGCAAACCAUUUCAAUAAACAUUCUCUUUUUUUAUAUGAAGGCUCUCAAUAGAAUACCUCAUUUGUCGAUUGCUUGUUAAUUUAACAAUUUAUAUUUUCGUAAGAUCGUUUUCCUAACUGCACGUCAGUGUGACACGAAUGAAGGAACAGUGAUUAAAAAAAGAACCUGGUGGAGCAGAUCCUGGCAACAAGGAAUUUUGAAAAUACGGGAAAGUCUGUCUUUGUUUUGUUUUUGUUUUUUUUCUUUGUGAAAACUCACUCAUUCAGGCAGGUCGAAUUUCUGUUCAUGAACACAGGAAGUGCGCCAGGAAGUUUGGUGGGCUGCCUGUCCCGGGCUUCUGCUUCGGAGGCUGAGGCGAGGCUUGGGACAGGCGGGCGACCCACCGGUCGCCAACCGUCGAGCGGCGUCGAAAAAAACGCCACAGCCGUACCUCUGAACGAUCCUUUCGGCAGAUCUGACCUCAGUGCGGACGCCGGGUGCACAAAACGUCUCCUCUGUGCUCUGUAUAUAUUCAGUGCUCUUCAGUCACUCAGGUGCCCCCUUCUGCAUAAAAGCAUGAUGAUGAUGGUGCGUGUGUGUGUGUGUGUGUUUUUGGGGGGGAGGGACUCAGCCACGUGUCAUUUCGGCCCUCCCCUUCCCAGAAAGACACCCCCUGCGUUAGGUGUAGUUUUAGUCAAAAAGCGACCCAAGUGUUCUCUCUGGCUCUCUCUGCCCUGUAGUUCUAUCUGUGGUAAAAAACCGGCUCGUUUAGUGACGCGACGAUUGUGUGCCGUUUGUACUGUAGGCCCACUGAGGGGCGGGGUGAUGGAGGUUGGGGGCAGGGGAAGGGUAGUGCCUCUGGAGAGAGAUGCCUGCUCUUGUGCCGCCAGCAGCGGUUGGCCGUCGUGCUGUUUACGCCCCCCCACCCCCAGCAGGGACAGCCGCGUCAGCCCCUGCGCGUCUGCAUCCGCUGUCCUGCCGUCUUCAGCACCCUCGAGAUGGCAACGAAGGAACUGCUGAAAGUAGCUGCCACUGGCUUUGCGGCUCAUACAGUUGACAGUUGAUUGGGGGGGGGGUAAUGGGGUGGGAUAUGGUAGCAGAGAUAUGGAUUUGUUCCUUCGCUGUCCCUGCAGAAACCAGGCUGUCCGUCUGUCUGUCUGUCUGCAUCUACCACUUAAACGUUUGUACCCACUUUGCUGGGUGUGUUAGCACAGAUUUGCUUUCAACCAGCGCAAUCCUACCGCUGCCUGUCUAUGGUGUUUGGGGGUUGGGGGGGGAGGUGUUGCAUGGUUGACAACAAUUCACCAACUUCAUAGCUUGAAUUGGGUACAUCAUCUGUGCGUUGUUAGGACAUGCUGUUCAAGAGCCAUUUCACUACACGAGUGUCGUCUGAUUUGCUUGUUACCAUCCUUUAAAUCGGUUAAAUGUGUCUGUUAAUGGUGCAACUGGGAAAUUACUUUGCAAAUGCAACAUUCGUCAAGUGUUAUGUUAAAAGGCCGUGGAUGUGUGUGGCAGCUGAAAGGAUAGGAAUGGGGUUAAUGUGUACAAAGCCUGUUUGCAAGAUGAUCUUUUCCCACUGGGGUACUCUCGAGUUGUCACAACUGUGAAGCGAAGAAGUGCGCACAUCUACACACAGCCUGUGCAAACUGUUCUGAUGUAAAUAAUCAUUUUAAUAAAAAGACUGAAGGUGACAUAAAGUAA